CUCAUCAAGCAACAAUUCACAACAGCUCCUCAAGCAACGACUCACAACAGCUCUUCAAGCAACAGCUCACAGCAGCUCAUCAAGCAACAACUCACGUCAACUCGACCCUUUGAAGCACGACAAGGAAUCCAUAUGGCGAUCAGAAAGAAUUCAAAGUCGAAGAUGGGUGCCGAUAAAAGCCCAAGAAAAUCGUGUCUCUUACUGCCCGAAUUGGUGGCUCUGUCACCAGGUCAACUAAAAUUCCGCUUAGGCGGGAGCAACACCAAACUCAACAGAUCGCUGGUCACCCUCAGGCUCAUCCUGCCAUCUGCUUCCUCCCAAACCCGCACAGCAACAAAGCCAACUCCUCAACAGAUGGCAUUGAUGAGCAACAGACAACGCCUUGAACAACGCCUUGAACAACGCCUUGAACAACGCCUUGAACAACGCAACCAAUACCAUAGCAAAGUGGUGACAAAGGAGACCGCGAUUAGAUGGCGCAUCACGAUGAAGGAUGGCAAAGCUGUGAAGUGGGAAGUGGUUCGGUGA